AUGAACGCCCGCCUCCAGCAGCUGCUCGCCAGUGGCGAAGAGGUCACCGAUGCGGAAGAGGAGGCCUUCCUCCUCUUCAGCCAGGAUAUCCCCACGGCCAACCUGGGGUUCAUUGACUCGCGCGCAACCACCGUCGACGUGACGAUCCGUGGCGACGAGUACGCGAUCCAUCAAUCGCCAACUCUGCUCUCCUCCUCUCGUGCUGGAGGGACCACGGGCGCCGUCCUCUGGAAAAUCACGCCCCUCUUCGCCGACUGGAUCUCCUCUCCCUCCAACCCCCUCUGGACACAUUUCUUCCUCUCCUCUGCGUCCGUCGUCGCCGAGCUCGGCUGCGGCAUCUCAGCUCUCGUCGCUCUAGCCUUGGCACCAUCCGUGAACCACUACCUCGCCACUGACCAAGAAUACGUCCGCCGCUUAUUCCGCAGCAAUCUGGACGAGAAUGCUUCCGUAAACAGUGCUUCUUCGUCAAGGGCAAAGGGUGGUAAAUCGCGAGGAAAGUCCGCCAAGCAGCAGCCUUCUUCCAAGAAUGCAGCCAGCAACAUCACAUUUACUACCCUAGACUGGGAGCUGGAUCAGCCUGAGCUGCUGAAAGGAUGCAUCGAGGACGAACCAGGCCGGCAAACACAGAGGGACGAGAAGGAAGACAAAGGGUUCGACCUGAUCUUGUCCUGCGAUUGCAUCUACAACGAGGCCCUCGUCGCGCCCUUUGUGCGCACCUGCGCGGAACUCUGUCGGCUGCGACCGGCCUACACACCUUCAGAGGAAGAUGAACCACGGUCCACGCGUCAGCCGACUAUCUGUAUUAUUGCGCAGCAGCAGCGGUCACCCGAUGUCUUUGAGGCCUGGCUUCGGGAAACGCUGCGAGAGUUCCGGGUGUGGAGGCUGAGUGAUGAUGUUCUUGGGGAUGGCUUGAAGGGAGGGUCAGGAUAUCUUGUGCAUCUCCUAUUGGCACGAGAGAAGAGUUGA